CUGAUCGCCCCGGCAUGGAAAGCUGCCUGUGGUGUAGUCUUCAUCCGAUUAUAUCCCAUUGAGAAGUAAGUAAGUCGCAGUUCUCGCUAGUCUUUGGUAAUCCGACUGAACUGUAACACUAACGAAGGCACUCUUGCAUUGAAGACUACAAGUAUCAACAUCCAGUAGUAAUUCGUCCCGUAUCUGCGGAUGUUGCGUGGCGCCUUUAUUCGGCAAGUUGAUGCACUACCUUCAAUUGAAAUUGAACUGCGAGUGGUCAUUCAAAGUUGUUCUUGUAUGUUGCUAGCAAAAGAACCUAUUUGCUAGUCAAAAUCGUUAAGAAAGAAGUUGAAGUAUAAGUGAUGGAAGAUUAAUAGUAUUCGUAACUCCACCUGUGUCAGUGUCUUUAGGGUUGUCAGAGUUAGCUGCUGCUCGAGUUGUGUGCUGCCGACUGCUUGUAUUUUUUGUUCAGCGCGUUGCUGGCACUACAGAGUCGUUGAUUGGCGCACAGGUCGGUCCGCAUAGAUAUAACACAGACAUGAUUUAGUGAAGAACUAGACGAAAGCCGUGUUUUAUUUAGACUGGAAAAAUAAGCAAGCAAAAGCCAUUAAUACAUAGUCGUAGCCUCGUAUUUCGAAUACUCGUGGUGGUGGAUGUCAAUCACGAGACAGUGAUUUUACAGCGUGAGUUCAUCUAGAGCAGAGGUGCGGGGGUUGAUUCAUUUUUUUUGAUCCUUCGAACCAAAUCGGAGCUGUUCUCGCUUUGAUGUUCUUGAAAUUGUAUCGCAAAUAACUGUUUCUAGAGCAGCCGAUGAAAUAAGUGAAUGCGUCGACGAGGAAGCCUAUGCUGACCAGACCGACACCGACUAAACCUUAGUUAAUAUUCUUCAGACACGUUUCUACUGGAAUUUUUAAGUACUAGUUUCAUUCUAAGAACUACAGAAGCUAACUACCAAGUUAGUACUACUAGUUGUAGUUGUACUAGCAAGAAGAGGAGAUAAGAAGAAACAACAAAACCAGCCGUGGUCUCCGGAGCAGAGGACAUUUUCUCAUACACCAUCCUGAUCGUCGAUUUUAUCUUUCCCUGUGUCUGUUUCUACUUUAGGGAAACAAGGAAGAAGCAAAAAGGAUCAGCGGUCACCAGUGCUUGUACUUCUAGGCACAAAUAACUGAGUACGACGGACUAGAGGUAGAGUAGAGGGGACGAGGACAUCAACGUAGAUCUAGAUCGUGUUGCAGAGCUUGAACUCUCCCAAAAAAUGUCGUCGUCGCUUGAGGAUCCGCUGACCCCUUUUGCGGGUCGGGCGAAGGACGAGGUACUCGUAUCGGAUGCUGAGUCCGUUGAGGUUGAGAAAUCACCCGCGAGAACAGCCCCAGUCCGAAAAGAUGAGAACCUCGCAGGAGAGCGGCCUUCAGAUGAGAGCGUCGAGGACCUACGAGGACUAGUUGCACCUUCUGAUGAUGUUAAAGAACAACAGAAAACACCGGAGGACUGUGCUUGGCGUGGUGGUCAUCAAGAGGAUGGAGAUGUUGUUUUUUUAGAAGGGGUAGAAGAUGAUGCAACGGAAAAGCAGCAACAUCAAGGAGUUUCGACAUCUUCGUCCGAGUACAACGGCUCCACCUACCCAGUGACGACCACGACUGGCAACAAGACCUCAGAAGUUAAUACUGUUUCUGUUACGAAGAUGAACAUGACUGCUCCUGCUCGACCGACAGCUUCUUCAAGUACUACUCCACCUGCAACGGAGGACCAGCACUAUUUAUUUAAAGGGUGCGACCAAAAAAGCGAAGUCCUGGACGGUGGACCUGUGAUUGCGCAGAAGAAGCAGACACUGUAUGCCAAGACGAAAAUGUGCAGAUUUCAGCGGGCAGGCAUCUGCCGGUACGGCGCAAACUGUAACUAUGCGCAUUCAGAGGAGGAUCUCCGACAACUGCCCAACUUUGCAAAGACGUCUUUUUGCAAGAUGAACUUCAAUGGCGGAUGUCGUCGAGCCGACUGCCCAUUUGCGCACACGAUUUCCGGUGUUAUUCUUCAAGAAUCUUGAUGCAACCUCUAAUUAAAAGAUCUUACACCCCACGAGUGGGCACAUCUAUCUAUCUAUCUAUCUAUCUAUCUAUCUUCGUCUUCAUCUUCUAGUAGUUGUAAGUCUAAGAGGUGAGUAGACGUAGAAAAUGUGUAUGAAGUACAUGAUAUUGUGACAGUAAUAAUGAUGUUGACGAUGAUUUUGACGACCCUUUUUUGCAAUUUCCCAUCAGAUCUGCGGCUUUCUCCCGCUCCACGACAGAGGCUGUGUCUGUUUUAUCAUGGGAGCAAUGCGAGCUGUAUCUACGGAAAGUAUUGCCGGUACCUUCACGAGGUGAGCCAAGAAUGGCUCAAAGCCGUAGGCCUUGACGCCCUGCCGCGAAAGCACUAUGAGUUGGUCGCCUUCAACAAUUCUAUAGCCGAAAUGGAGAGGCAGCGGGGUGCGUUCUGCAACCCGGUAAGCGGUUUACUCGGCGCUGGUGACGUAGACAUGGAAAUCGUAUGCCCGGAAGUGGGGGAUGAACAGCAGCCGGAUCAAACUGCAGCUGUUUUAAAACUUAUGGAAACAGAAGAACUUAGAAUUGAACGCUGCAAAUCUUCACAAGGAGCAUCUUCAUUGUUCUACUUAAUGGUAGGCUAAAAAAAGUUGUGGUUUAUUAUUAUUUCAGUUGUUUGUACAAGAAUAACAGCUGCCAGAAUUUCUGUGGUUCUACUACUUGUCCUCAAACAAGUUUUUCCUAGUCUGUCGUGUUGUUUCUCAUAAUGCAUAGCUCUAAUACGAAGGGGAUGCUUGCUCCAGGAAACAUCGAGCCUCAUAUCCGGUCACCCUCGGCAGCCAACAAUCGACAGAAUGUGACAGGUGCAGGGCCAGCGAACGUGGAAGAUCUGGAGCUUUAUCUAUCCCUUCUGCAACAAGAAGAGGCACGUAAAGCGGAAGGCAACCGGAAUCAAGAGGUACUACGAGUACUUCUGUGAAAUAGCUAUAGCUAUAGCCUAUAGGUAUGUUCAACUUAUUAACUGGGUAAGGUAUUAAGCUAUACUUAUAACUUUCUGUUAUAGCUAUACGUAUAUGUUGGCGGGUAAGACCAUAUUAGCUAUAAUAGGUAUACUAAUACUUAACUGUACUUGCGCUCCUGGAUUCCGUAAGCCUGUGAUUUUGGUAGCUAGAGUUGAGUAAAAGCCAGCACCUCGUUGUAAGUCUGACAAGGGCAUCAAUCUUCAAUAUAUUUUUAUUACAAUUACUAGGGCCCCACAUCAUCACUACCUGCGCCUGGUGCUGUUGAGGAAUCGGACACGCGAACACAGAGCGUGGUAUCAAAGGGAAAAAGCAAACAGGGGAUAGUGAAUAAAGCUCCUACGAAUGAUAAUGAAAGUAGACAUACCUAUGGCUAUGGAGGCAGUGGUAGGGAUCAACAAAAUAGCACACCUUUGAACUGGCGGCAACCUCCUGCAGACGAUUUGCGGAUGGACAGUGAGUUACCUCGUCGAUCCUGUGGGAGGUCCAACACCUCGAAUGCAGGAGUUGGACUAGACGAUCAGCGUGAGCAAAGAAGAGCUGCUGCUGCGCGCGGUUCUACCACCUUACCAGCUGCAACGCGCGGCCCUUCAGAGAAGCAGCGGUCAUUAGGUACCAAGCAAAACUUUAUUUCCUCUCAAUCUCCAUACAACUACGUCAAGUACAACCUCCGAAGUGAAAGUGUUGAUGAAGAGAUGAGACGUAUUGACGCAUCAUCAGCGGAAAAAGGACCACUACUAGUGCAUCACUCUGAUGUUCGUCGAAACAAUGUUCGCGAGCAGCAUGUGCAGGAACCAUGCUAUAACAGCCAACAAGUGGACCACUCUUUUCCAAAGUAUAACCGUAGACCACGAGCUUUGUCUGCAUCACUGGAGGAGUCAAGAAAGACGGCUGCGCAGCAGGUUUUGACCCAGCUCUUAGCUGAACCAGCUAAUUCCGACAACGUACGCCGGAUCAAGACACUGCUGGAUGCGAUGGAGACCUGUGACGAAAGGUACUAUGGUAAUCCUAUUCCGAAUCCUGCGGCCGCAGAUGAUGUUAUGCCGUUACACGUCCAGAACAACAAAAUGAACAGGAGAGUGGAAGACAUCAACAAAAUGGACAACAACCAGAGGGACCGAAUGGAAGAAGAUUCCGGAGGAGCAACGGCCGCAACAAGCCGGUUCCUCGACUCGGCUGCAGAUUACACACAGGCUUCGUGCAACAACAUGAUGAAGAGCUGCAACGCAGCUCCUGUAUAUGAUCAUGGCCGUGGCAACUACAUGAUGCCAAAUAACACCACGACUACUACUAGCUACAUCACGACCAAUAUCGACCGUAGGACGAAUCCGAAUGUUGAUCAGCAUCAGUUGUACGACAAAUACAAUCACGACGACGGAGCCCGGCUGCUCCGAGAGGAAAAGCGAAGAGGCCGUCCUCAGCAGCAGCCAACAGUGCGACGAAGUAAUCAAGCACACCCCCCUGCUCUUCAGAACAACUAUGUUGAUUUACCCCAAGUCCAAAAACGAGAACGACGCGUUCCAAGACGCAGUCCUCCAUCAGCUGCGCCCCCGGGUCUGUCCACGUCCUCGCGGAGCUACGCGCGGAGCCUACGUGACAACGAUUACCUCGCUAACGAGGUCUACAGCAAGAACGCCGGUCGUCGUGGCUCCUCUUCGAAGAUCAACAAUAUGGUUUCGCAACACUCAACACAUCUUCAACGGAAUAACGCUACUUCCUCGACUCCGUUUAUGACAGCGCCACAAGCUGCGGCUGCAGUGGCUGCUGCAUCCAACUCGUCUGGUUCGUAUCAAGACAAACGGGCAGCUCCACCUCGUAGGAACCACAACCAGCAUGAAGAUUAUGGGCGAGUGCUGAACCACGGGCAAGGUGGAAAGACGAAGAGGACCCCCGCCUUUGACUCUGUGGUCGAGAGGACCUCCUCUCCCGCUGUCGAGGCACACAAGAACAGGAAUCUUCACGUGAAUUUUCAUCACCCAGUCGAAGACUACUUUGCCACCUUUUCGACAACGUCCUCAGGACUCGAAAACGACUCUGACGCGACCUUUCACGGAAGGGCUUCAGUGGCUUCGAGCUACUCUUUCAACCCUAGUGGUCGACACCAGGGGGGAAAAAAAGCGUCGAAGAACCGUGGCCACCACGACAGUCGUGGAGGCUCGGUGUCGAAUCGCGGACGAGGGCCCCCUUCUGCUGCGAAUUAUGCAGCUAAUGGCGCUGGAGGACAUUAUCGAGACGAUGGAUAUCAUGCUCUUGAUCGCAAUCAUAAACUUAAACAAGAACAAGAUGGACGUAAGUGGGAGCAUCAUCCGAUAACAACUACAGGGACAUCUUCACAAGCUACCCGCAAUCGCAAUCGCAGCAAAAAUAGAAAUCAAGCCUUGACGAAGAUGAAUUUGAAUACGAUGGUUGCAAAUGGUCGUGGUGAAUCAUACUCGAACAACUACAUCGAGAGAAGUGCUCCUACGCGCGACAACCAAAUGGCGAACCACGUGCACAACAACUACAGAACAACCAGCAACAGAAAUACAAAUCACGACAUCAACAAGGAUCACUACAACAGCUACAGUGGAGGACCAAGGGGUUGCAGCAGCACGACUAGCACAAUACUAGACUACAACACUGCACGAGUUGGUGGUACUGCGGGUUUUGUGCAUCCUUCUUCGUCUAUCAACAAGAUCAAGCUUGCCGACGUGCUCCCAAAUCUGGAUUCUAUCACCGAAGUGAACCCCAAUCGAGCACCCAGCGGUGGACAACAUGGAAGUCGUACCUCCUCCAACUGUGGCAAUGUUCACCAGGUCGUCCAGGGUCACCACAAUUUGAUUACCUCAAGAACAAAAAUGGAGGCGAUGUCUUCUUCAACAAAGGAGCUAGUAGAAGUAAGGGAUGCAUUAUUUUUGAACAGCAACAAUAAAGUUAGAGGAUGGUCCACGGGCACUGGGAAUGUCACGGAGGUUUCGACGCGCGUGCCAGAACCAACAUCCUCUUCGAGUGCUAUGAGCCACAUGUCGGGGAUGUCCUCGAUUGCCGGUUGUUCAGGCGCCUGCUCAAAUGCCGACUCUCCCGUGCUCAACUCUUCAGCAGAUUCCUUGCGCGCGUCCCUCGAAAAGUUUCAAGCUGAACAAGAAAGAGAAGAACAAGAGCUUUUGCUAAGCAGGUCGAGGACGGCAAUGUUGUUGGAGGAUGGAACAAAUUUUUAUAGCAAAAAUCCUCGUGGUGAAGUAGGGGUAGGGGAGGACGAGGAGCGGGAGGUUGUUGUAACCACGCCUGAGAGAAGAAUCGCAGGAGCGCCUAUUGUUCCGCCUAAUACGAGGACGAGUGUAGUCGGCACCUCAUCCCCUGGUUCCGGUCACGUUGUUGAUCAAGGACAGCUGCGUAUCGAUGUGUCACCCCUUGAGGAGCCGCAUCCCAUCCUUCUGAGGGAAGGUCAACAUCACUGCGCCAUCGACUACCCUGAUGAUCGAGGUCGAUGGCGCUGUGAUGUUGAGCUUGGCUCAGACAUCAGCGGCGUCGACCUCGAUCGUCAGGGGAAUUAUCAUCAUGCAGCAGAUGAUGAUGAUUUAGCGGCCGCAGUAUGGUCGUCCCCAAAUGAUCCGUGGUCUUUGGAGCAAAACGGUCAUGAAGACGACUUUUGGUCAGACUACCACCACAGAUCGUCUUGGGCAGAACAGCUGCAGCAGACUCUUGACCCGUAUUUUUUAGAAUUUUAUUUCUUUUGCCGUUUUUUGUUUUUUUGAUCAAGCUGAAAGAGAAACUGUGUCUCAAUCUACUUACUUAUAAGCGAAUCGAUCUUGUUGCAAUUAUGUAUGUAAAUCCAAUUCUAUCACUAUCUAUUACAGAAGUGGCGAAUUGAGCUUUGUCAGACCUCGAUGACACUGAGACAGCAAUCAAAAAGGGCUGACUUCCUCCGCUCUCACCUGGAAAAAUGCAGGGGGAAAAGAAUAGAGGGACGAACGGGAAGAUGCACAACUAAUUAAAUCUUCUGUAAUACCCCACGAAUGGGUACACUACUACAGAUCUUCUUGAUAAAAUUAAUACAAAUUCCAAGAACUAAGCUACACAUGUCUUUCUUCCAUAAACUACUAUCCCAGGUAUGAUCAUGGUUACGGUCCUGUGAGGCCUCUCACUACCACGCUCGUCGGCGAUGAUCUUAGCGAGGGCCACUAUGUCAGCACGACCACUAUAUCACGUGCGCCACCUGGCCUCGAAGAUACGAUCAAACGGCCACAUCGUCCACCACCCGGAUUGAUGUUCUCCACAGCUGCUACUAGCACGGCGCCGUCUACAAUUGGCGACAACACUACAAGAAGCACAGCUGCUGGUGCUGCUACAACAGGUGAAGGUGACCACAGCACAAAUAUACUAGUACACGUUCAACAAGAUCUUGUUCAGUAG